UUAGAUCAUGGAGAUAGCAAACCGUUUGAUGGACCCGGUCAGGUUCUGGCUCACGCCAACCCUCCUGGUCCAAAAAAAGGAGGAGAUACACACUUUGAUGAGGAUGAGAAAUGGACAUUAAGUUCACAAGGUAUCAACCUGUUUUUGGUGGCUGCCCAUGAAUUUGGUCAUGCGCUAGGAUUAGAUCACUCUGAAGAUCGAUCGGCUCUCAUGUUUAAAAAUUACCAAUAUGUCAACACAAAUGGCUAUAAACUUCCCGAGGAUGACCGACUUGGGAUCCAGGCUCUGUAUGGGGUACGAGGAUCUACAGAUAAACCUAAACCAAAGCCUGAGCCAAAACCAGAGCCAUGCAAUCCUGACUUAGUUUUUGAUGCAGCAACCAGCAUUUGGGGAGAUCUGUACUUCUUUAAAAAUGGAUACUACUGGAAGAAAGGAUAUUACAGUGGACUUUCACAGCAUAAAAUAAGCUCUUUGUGGCCAUCUAUUGAUUCUGUUGAUGCUGCUUACACAGCGAAGGACAAAAAAACUGCCUUCCUCUUUAAAGGUCAGCAGUACUGGGGUGUCAGAGAUGGCAAAAUCUUACCUGGAUAUCCCAAACCCAUUUCCAGCAUUGGGUUUCCCUCUUAUGUGAAAAAGAUUCAUGCAGCCGUAUAUGUGGCAUCCACUGAUGAAACUCUGUUCUUUGUUGGAAGCAAAUAUUGGAGCUACAAUGGACGGACAGGUAAACCGGGCUUUUCUAAAAGAAUUCGAGAUAAUUUCCCUGGAAUUGGGUCACGUGUGGAUGCUGCUUUUGAAAAUAGGGGUUACAUGUAUUUCUCAAAUGGUGCACAGCAAUUUGAGUAUGACUUCAGAGCAAAACGAGUGAAUCGUGUUCUGAAGAAUUAUGCAUGGUUGAACUGUCAGCAGUACUGGGGUGUCAUAGACGGCAAAAUCUUACCUGGAUAUCCCCAACCCAUUUCCAACUUUGGGUUUUUCCCAUCUGUGAAAAAGAUUGAUGCAGCCGUAUAUGUGGCAUACACUGACGAAACUCUGUUCUUUGUUGGAAGCAAAUAUUGGAGGUUACCUACACCAAAGCUUCAUCCCAGACCAUCAGAGCAGAUUUUUGCGACAAGUAUGGAGCACCUGACAGUUCUCGCUCUGGCAAUUGCCGUGUGCUUAGCUCUUUGUAAUGCUUCCCCACUGCUGACAACGCCAGAUGACCGUCGAAUAGCAGAGGAUUAUUUAGCACAAUUCUACAAGGAUCCUGAUGCGCCUCAGCGGCGUGGCAGAAGUUUGUCCCUUUCCAAUUUUGAGAAAGAUCUGAAAGCCAUGCAAGACUUUUUUGGGCUGGAGGUCACAGGCAAGCUGGACACAAACACUCUGGAGGUGAUGAAACAACCGCGCUGUGGUGACAGUGAUUUGGUGGGAUACAGACAAUAUAAAGGAAAGUCCAUAUGGAAGCAAAGUGUUUUAACAUACAGAAUAACUGAAUACACAUCGAAGUUGAACAGGAGUGAAGUAGACGCCACUAUCGCUAAAGCCUUCAAGCUGUACAGUGAUGUCAUUCCUCUUGAUUUUAAACAGAUCUACAGCGGCACAGCCGAUAUCAUGAUUCUCUUCAAAGCUCGUGAUCAUGGAGAUUCAAAACCAUUUGAUGGACCCGGUAAGGUUCUGGCUCAUGCUUACCACCCUGGUCCAGAACAAGGAGGAGAUGCACACUUCGAUGAGGAUGAGAAAUGGACAUUAAGUUCACAAGAUAAGAACCUGCUUUUGGUGGCUGCUCAUGAAUUUGGUCACGCGCUAGGAUUAAAUCACUCUAAAAACCGAUCGUCUAUCAUGUAUCCAACUUACCAAUAUGUGAACACAAAUGGCUAUAAACUUCCCCAGGAUGACCGACUCGGGGUCCAGGCUCUGUAUGGGGUUCGACCAUCUACAGAUAAACCUGCCCCAAAGCCCGAGCCUAAACCAUGCAAGCGUGACUUAGUAUUUGAUGCAGCAACCAGGAUUGAUGGGGAACUGCAUUUCUUUAAAAAUGGAUUGUACUGGAAGAAGAAAAUAUAUAAGAAUACGCUUUCAUUGCAUAAAAUAAGCUCUUUGUGGCCUUCUAUUGAUUCUGUUGAUGCUGCUUAUACAUCGAAGGACAAAAACACUGCCUUUCUGUUUAAAGGUCACAAGUACUGGGUCAUCAGAGGCAGCAAAACUUUGCCUGGAUAUCCUAAACCCAUUUCUAACUUUGGGUUUCCCUCUUAUGUAAAAAAGAUUGAUGCAGCAGUAUAUGUGGCAUCCAUUGAUGAAACUCUGUUCUUUGUUGGAAGCAAAUAUUGGAGCUUCAGUAAAUGGAAAGGUAAAAUGGACCAAGGCUUUCCCAAAAGCAUUCAGCAAAACUUCCCUGGAAUUGGGUCACGUGUGGAUGCUGCUUUUGAAAAUGCUGGUACCCUUUAUUUCUUAAAUGGUGUGCAAAAAACUAAGUAUGAUUUUCGCUCAAAACAAGCAAAUAGUGUACGGUUAAAUUUUAGAUGGCACAACUGCACGUAUAACUGAAAAUGUAUACAGUUUAUUUUAUCUUACGUAUUCCUAAUACAUUUUCUGUUUUAUAUGGGGAAAGCUAUAAAAAUAUAUUGGCUUUAGUAAUAAAUGUAUUUUAACUUAUGAAUUAAUUUUAACCUCUGAAUGAAUUUAAAUGUUAUAGCAUGUCUCAUGUUACUGCCUUCUCAGAAUGAAUCUAAAUAUUUGUUGUAGUCCUUCAUUUAAUUUAGAGCGUAUGUCAAAGGUAUGGAUGUAAAUGUAAUAACUGAUCUGAAUUGAUGGCUGUUCUGUACAGUAUAAAACCAAAUUAACAUAAAUAAAAGAAUACAGUUUACAUGUACAAGGAACUUGUUUAGGUUUACUGGUGCUUAACACUAACAGUGAAAACGACAAUACUGUAGGCUUAAUAAGGACAUUAGAUAACAGAUUUAAUAAAGCAAUAAGCCCCAUGAAGCAGUGGGUUACCAGUGCAUUUUAUAACAGCUAAGGGGCGUUGUUAGGCACUACGCGAAGCUGUUAUAAUAUGCACUGUAACCCCACUGCUUCGCGGGGUUUAUUGCGUUUAUAAAACGGUUACUUCAUAUGCAUAACGUUAGCGUGAUUUUAUAAAAUAAAACACAAAUAAGUUGUAAUUAUAUUAGUACAAAUAUUACUCUUCCGCCAAAGAAAGUAGUUCCCCAGAAUCAAGUGCGACUGAAACAGAGCGCAGUUCCCAACCAACACAGAAGCAGCAAAGACACAUUGAAAAUAUGAUUUAAGACGGUGGUGUUUAUUUUUAUAAAUCAACAUUCAUCCAAAUUCAUACAUUACCUUUAUAUCGUGCAACUGUUGAAGUGAUGAUCAAAUAAUUGGAAACUCUUUCCCCAUCAGCGUUUUUUUGUUUUGUUUGUUUUUUUAAGUUGCCACCCAGUUUUGGUUUAAUGCCUUACAGAAAAAUUAUCUUCUUUAAAUAAACACAAAAUAUCAAAUGAAAUAACAGACCAUCCGCUUUCAAAAAAAAAAAAAAAAAGUUU